GUCCAAGAACGACUUUGGUACCGUCACCGUCGUCUCGGGUACUCUUUGCUUGCGCAUUUGCAUUUAAUACGCUCGCGAGAUUUUGUCAACAAACUUAUGUGGUACUUACCAUCUGUUAUAGACCUUAUAUUUGACACCAUUUGAUGAGAAUACGGAUAUACUAAGUACCGAUAAAAAAACAAAUGAGCGAAAGUACCAGUACAAGUUCGGUUCUAAAAUCAGGUGGUACUACUUGGUCGAAAUAACCAUACCCAGCAGUUUCGUGGUUACGCGAUAAUGAACCAUGCACUAACAGUGAUUUGAUGACUAUGUUGGUGAGACUUCUUGUGCUAUUUGUAGUGGUGGUUGGUACUGUUUUGGUGAGAAAAUGUGAGGGUGCUUCUACUGCCAGGGAGGCUGUAAAGGAAUCUAAAUCAGAUUGCAUCGAACCAUCCUGCCUAAACUGCGGCCCAAAAGGUUGCCAGAAAUGUCCCAACUUAAUCGUUUACCCCUCAAGAAAGUGCGUCGAUGCUUGUCCUUUCGGUUACCACGAAUCCUGGAGUACCAAGGUGGACUUCAUGGGGCUAAUAUGUGUCCAUAAUGGAAAUUUCUUGGGACUAUCUUCCGAUACUCUUACGAUUUUAACCGGAGUAUUUGCUGGACUAAUACUCUGUCUUGUAGCAUUCUUUGCAGCGUUUAUAUAUAUUAAAUUUAAAAGAAAAAAAUGUAUAGAGAGUGAUACCAGUUCGGAAAGUGAUGAGUCCACUCCUGAAAAAAAGGACUUUUUGAAACAACUUGAGACUUUAAGGCCGUAUUCUCAGUGCUAUCUAGAUAUGCUUAAUGAUACCAGACACCAGAUCAGACAGCUGCAUCAUGAGGGGGAUCACAGCGCUAUCGCAGCAUACAAACCUGUAGUAAGGGAUCUUGCAAAGAUAUUGUUUUUGUUAAACAGAUCUGUUGACACAGUGUCAAUGCCAGAUGACUGGGAACAUAUCUUAACCUGGGCUGAGAAGGCUUUAAAAAGGUAUAAGAGGAUGAGUGAUUCUUCUUCACAACCUCAGGUGGCUCAGCUGAUUAACUUUCUCCAAUCACCAAUAAUACCAAGUGAUGUCGAAGAGAUGGAGUACUCUGUACGAGGGAGUACUACUAUGAGUACCUUUAAGCCAGACCAACCGUAUGGGUCGUCACUAAGCCUUCAAACAGCUGCAAUAAAAACAUUUAGUACUAACUAUGAAAAGCUUUCGGCGUCUAAUUUAAAUCCGGAGUGGAAGUUUGAGUACUCCUUGGUCGGAACUUCGUCGGAGUUCGACCCAAUUGCUUGGAAAAGUAGUAAGGAGUUUAUAAGUGGCUCUCCGCUAUUUUUAGAGGACGACUUUUAUCAGUUAGGGUUUAGACCUCAAGAUGAGAUUACCACGGAGUUGUGAAUAUAAUUAUGGCUGCUGAGGUAAAACACAUAAACCAGUUAGAUAAGUAGUCUUUAAAAGGACUCUUGUUGUGGGUACCAAUAAAACGAGACGAAUUAUUUAGAUCUAUAAAUAACUGCAAUAGAGCCAAUUACGGAAAUUUUGAGCACUUCUUUAGCAAGGACUUCAUCAAGCUUUAAUUCUAUUGCUGGGAGAAGUUGCAGGUUCUUCGGCUGUCGAGUUGAAUGACUUUCUCUUUAUUUGGGAGGAUAUCUCCAGUGCUAUAUUGCGACUUGGUAUCUGCCGAUACAGUGACCAAUUUGACUGAACAAAAUAAUGGCAAAUGAGUUUUAUUUUAUUUUUUUAAUAGCUUAGACUUAGAAGAUAUUUAGGUUUCUAUGAAAAGCAUUUGUUGAGGAAAAACAAGGAAAUGAGUAAAAAGUGUGAAAAAGAAAUAUUACCUAUUACAUAAAAUUGUAACGCCAUAUGUACAGGAUGAGCUAACCUUAAAUUUUUUUCCUCUUUUAUGUAGCAUACAAAAGUAUUAAUGCGGUAUUCUGAUAAUUACUGUAAUUAUCUUAACUAAAUAUUUUAAUUAAUUUUGGCUAGGCAAGGUGGGUAUUGGUGCUACUCGCUACUAUUAGUGCGCCUAGGUACGCCUAAAAUUGGGUGCAUUAAAAACGUAAAUGAGAAAAACAAUUUAUAGAACAACAAUAUAGUUUAACUUAAAAAUGCGUUAACUAAGAAGUAAAAGAAAAUAUAAGUACUGCAUACACAUUAAAAUAAUAAAAAGGAUAGCAAAAUUCUCAAAUAAACCCCACAAACAUAUUGCACGCAUACUCAGAAUAUCUAAUUGUCAAAUUCAGAUCUGCCAGAAAUAUCUCAUAUAAAAUAAAAUAAAAUAUUUUUUGUUAAAUUACAAAAAGAGAAUCACAUACAAAAGUGGGAGCCAAUAAAAUACCAUACUGGAUUCACACCCAAACUACAACACUAUCUCUCAUUAAAAUUUUUCUUACAUUAGUUUUUAAAGCAACUAUCCCUAUAGUACCUUUUGCAGGUAUGCUAGUGCUACAGUAUGCUACACUUGUUGAAGUAUAUAAUAAGCCCUUGAAAAAGUAUAAAAAUAUAUAAAUGUAAUAUUUUUACAAAAUUUAAUGGUUAAGGGAGAAUGGGGAAUUGUGCGCACCUAAGCAAGAUGUGCUUUCAUGACUAAACCAUUGAUCUUAUUAUACUGAUACUUAUAGAAAAUUAAGAGCAUAUAUUAUACUUUUAUUAUGUAAAAAGAAAUAUUUGUUUAUGUUUUGUAGAACCAAGUACCACAACAAAAAAAAAACAAAAAAGUACAAAGCGCACAAUUCCCCACCCUAUGGGGUAAUUGUACGCAGAGGAUGGGGAAUUGUGCGCGUAAUUUAAAAUAUUCUUUGAUAAUAAAAAAUGACACAUCAAGAGCGUUUUAUAACGUGUUUAUUAACAUUUAACCGAAAUAAAAGUUUAUCUAAGUCCAUUAAACAUAUUUUUAAUUAAUACUGCAAUAAUCACAUAGAUAACCUUCAGCUCGAUCAGCAUCACUACAUGCCGCAUGAUUCCAUGUGGAACAGCCAACGCAUCUGUACCAUAGCUCCCUAUUGCGACCGAAUUCCCCACAAAUGCCACACACUUCGUUAGUGUUAUCUCUACGUUCAACAUCGUCAAAAUGAUCCGAAUCAUCUUGGUCGUCGUCAUCGCAAACAGCUUUGCUAACAUCAGAUUCACUACUUGUUUCUGACAACCUUCUUUUUUUCUUUGUUACCAAUCUUGUUUUUUUAGUGUUGUCUUCUAUCUUGUUAUCUGUUAAGUUUCUUUUUACAGUCUUAACUUUCUUGGCUGCUGUUGUUCUUCUUUUCUCCUCAGCUUUUUCUAAUUGCUCUUUCAUAGGGGUCGAUGUUAGUAUUUCGGAGCACUGUUUACCACGAGAUUUUCUCUUAGGCUUAAGUUUUGAUUUCUUUUUUGGAAUCGGAGCAAAGCUGAAAAACGGGUUGUCUGAUGUGGAAAGGUCUUGUUCGAAUUAACUAUUUUAUACUGAUUUACUGGAGAUUCCCGUGAUGUAGAAGGUCCAGUAGCAGGUGCAAAAUCAUCCUCGGUGAAUUUAUCCGGGUUCAACCGAUAUAUUCCAGCAGUUCUAAAGCCAGAAAGGGCUUUCUCCAUAGUAGCUUCUUUUAAAAAUGCUAUUUAAAAGUUCAGCUAAGUCGUAUUCUAAAAUUCUUUAAUGUCCUGUAUUGGUCAGCUGUAGAUCAAUUUCCCGAGAGAGUUGGUUUUUGAAAGGACUAAAAAAUGUUAGGUCCAGUGGCUGAAGGUGGUCAGAAGUAUGAGGUAGCAGAGACCAUGUGAAUAAAUUUGCUUUUACAAAAUAAAUAAGCUUCUAGCGAUAUAUGACUGGAGUGAUUGUCUAGAACAAAGAGAAUAGGAUCGUGUUCUGUAGGAUUGACGCUAUUUUCAAAACGUUUUAACCAUUUAAUGAACAAGUCUAAAUUGAUCCAUCCAUUUUUAGAGCAGGCGUAAAGAGCUCGAAUUGGUCCAUUUUUUUGUAGGGCUGGGGACAUUCGCUUCCUUGGGUAUAUUAGCAUAUGUGGUCAAUAGUUACCUCCAGCACUAACUGCAAAUACUGCUGUGGACGAACAAUAGUCCACGCUCCGCCGAAAUAACAGCUCCAACUUUUUUAGCACCCUUAGGUCCAUAAACUUUUGCACCAAAGUGACCCCGUCUCGUCCAUGUUAAAAAUCCUGUUUGGAGGAAACUUAUGUCUGUCCAUUACCACUUUCAGAGUCUCGAAAAACUCCUUGGUCGAGUCAGAGUUAAAAGGAGCAAUUCUAUUUAUGCUGGUGCCUUCUGGCUGCCUAAGUUUUAUUUCAAGAUUUCGUUUUAGGAACCCAUUGCCCGCUGCGCCCAAUUACCCCACUCUCCCUUAAUAAGGUGAAAACAAUUUUUAUAAUUUGUCAUUUUUGAGCUAGGUUAAAAAUAACCUACUAAAAUUAAAUAAAAUUACAAAAUUCCCAAAUAUUUACUGUUCUAUUCAUUUUUUUUCAUUCAUGGCUCAAGGAUGAAAUUGAAAUAAUUUAUUAUUUUGAAGUCUAUUAUUCCAAAUCGAUUUAAUAUCAGUUUUCCAACCCUUUUGAAAAUUUUACUUUUGUCACCCUUGUUGUCUCCCUAUUGACCCUAACCUACAAAAUUCGUUAUAUAUAUUUAUUUCGUGUAGUUAUGUUGUGAAAAUUAAAAAUCAGAGUCAUUUUCCUACCAUCUAUGAGGUUUAUUAUGUUCAGCUAUUUGAAUACAUCCAUCAAAAAAGCUAAACGUUUAUUUUUUUCUAAAUGCGUAUUUUCAAUGGUUCGGAAGCAACAAAACUAAAUGUAUACACAGACAAACAGACAUAUAAAAGAACUAAACAACUAAACCGAUUUUAGGUUAGGUCAAACUUUCUUGACAGUUUGGUAUGUCAAAAAAACAGCCAAUUUGCGCAUGUUUGAAUCCAAACCAGCUCCAAAUUCGUUUAGAUCUUCAUCCGUAUCGUUUUUUUCUUCUCUUUAUUUUGUUUAAAUUCAAAAUAUGUUGUUAAAACUACAAAAACCUUUUUUUUCCCUGUGUACAAUAGUAAUAAUAUUAAAAAUUCUUUCACGCCUCUCCUUCUCUUUUCUAAAACUGAGCGCGUGAGAUCCUCUGUAUAUGGCACAAAAAAUUACCUCCUCACAUAUACAGUUAUUAUAUGCACAUGUCCGGCUUUUUUUUCGUACAGAAUAUUUGUCUUGGAUAAAUUCGAAAAACGAAUUCAAUACUGAGUACGGAAAACGAAAGUUUGUGGCCAGCUUUAUGAACAUAAAGCGAUUUUUUGACUUGUACCUUUUUGUAUUACAUCAUCAAUCAUACUGGGCGCCACCUUCUUAUGUUAUUAUAGUAAACUCGUGAUUACCAGGUAUAAUAACUAUAAGUCUUAAGCGAAGAUUUAAAAAGAAGGUAACAAUUAAAAAGGCUCUUUCCCUUCAGAGUUUUUCAUUAAAAAAAAAUCAAAGUUUUCCAUUCAUCAAUGAAAUUACAAUAAUAAGCUACAUUCCAGAACCCAAUAAAUAGCAUGUUCAAUUAGGCACAUUAUUGAUUCAUUUAUAAAUAUAUUAGAACUGUACUCUUUUUUCAUUAAAGAUUGCAUUCGUUUUGAAUACCGUACCCUAAUGUACUUCUUUGUACACCAAUGCCAACGUGAGUUCUGGCUUACAGACAAUCUACAGUAUGGUAGCACCAGAUUAUGUCUAAUUAAAAACACAAAGAACUAUUUUAUUUCAAAUAAUAGAAUAUGGUUCUCCCAUGCUACUUUCUGACGAACAUUAGGUCCGAAGCAAUUGCAAAUAUUGUUUUCUCUGCAAGAUUUACUAUAAAAUCAUGAUUUAUGCCAGCGUUUUUGCGAAACAUAUAGAGCUGCACGUCCCAAGAUUCUGAUGAUGUAUUUAAUAUAUAAAUAAAAUUAAGAAUAAAGCACUCGAGAUUGAUCCCUGCCACAAACCAUGCCUCCCAGAUUACCCUAUACUGAUAGGGUUCAGACUGCUGUUGAAUUUUCUGCAAAUAUAAUCAUCAUUAUCUUUAUCAAUUAGCUCAUAUUCCACUGCUGGCCAUAAUUCUCCCUUGAUUACUUCCACCUUCCUAUUUUGUGCCUCCUGUAUCCAAUUUAUCUAGAUCCGUUUAAUAUCAUCAGACCAUGUAGUUGGUGGUUGUCGUCUGCGUCCUGUCUAGCUAUUCGUUCUACUGCGUCACUCACUCUGGUUCUUCUACGUAGCUCAGCGUUUGUGAUGUACACGUGAUUGUGAUGUGUUCCAAUGCACGCUGUGCCACUUUGGUUAAACGAAUUGGUAGAUCUAACUUUAAUAUGUGCCUUAACAUCCCAAAUGCGCCCCAAGUUAAUCCUAUCCGCCUAAGCAAUUUGCAAGUUUGAUUAUCUCUGUUUACAUGGAUUUCGUGGCUAAAAUACUUGGUGGGGUUUCUUCUACUUGGUAUCAUCUAUGUAUACUCCUUCACCGAGUACAAGGUUAGUCAUGAAUUGCGUUUUUGUCACAUUAAUUUUUAGUCUGACCUUAAAAAGAAGCAGAGUUUAUCCAUUGUAGCAUGUUCGUAGCAAGGUCGAGGCGAUCUGAUGUUAGGACUCUGUCAUCUACAAAUCUUAAAUAUGUUAGGCUUUUAACGUGUAUUUAAUCCUAGAUUUUCCAAAUUUACAGAUUUAAACUGAAUAUACUUGAGCAAUUUCGUAAAAAGUUUCGGCAAAAUAGUGCUUCCCUGCUGAACUCUAGCUCUAUUUAUUUUGAAUUUAUUUGUUAAUGCUGGUUUAUAGUGUCUAGUCUUUUUCGUAGUACAAGAAUAUCAGGACAAGUGAUUUAUUGCAUUCAAUGGAGUUUUCUAGAACUCUGUUAUAUAGAUUCUUUAGGACUGUUAUAUAGAUUCUUUAGGACUUUGAGAUGAUCGUGCCAUAACCUGAUGAAAACCCAGCCUAUUCCCUUAGCUGAUAAAGUUUUGCUUUUAAGCUAUUUGCGAUGAUUCGAAUACUUGUACAUGUGAGACAGCAGAUUAAUAGGAUAGUAAUUUUUAAUAUUGCUUAUGUCGCCUUUUUUAUGUAUAAGGGUAAUGUUUGCGUUGCUCCAUUGUGGUAUUUUUCCUUUUAUAAGACACUUAUUAAACAGAACUUAAAAGACUUUGUUUUUCAUUUCAAAAAUCGCCCUAUGCAUCUCAUGAACUGCGAUUUUUAGAAUUUCUUCUCCUUUUGAUUUAGAAUCUUGGGAAACAGAUCGCGGUAAUUUCCCUUCUACGGUUUCUCUGGAAAUAUGUUUUAACCCAAUUGAGAGCACACCAACACUACAGGCUUUCUUAACUAGCUUGGGAUCUAUUGUGUCGAAGACUCGACUUAAGUCAUAAAAUAGCCCGACCACACGGUCUCUAGAAUCCAAUAUAUCAUAAACAUGCUACAGACCCUUCAAGAUUAGAACUUACUCUGUCUGAAUAGUACAAGUCAAAUAUCUUAGAGAGUUAAUUUGGAACACAGACAAGUUUGUAGUUUGCUUUUAUCAAAUUUUAACCCUUUACCUUCAAAUACAGGAAAACAUUUAAAUUGAUCUUUUUUCGUUUCAAAAAUAAGUCAAAAAAGGUUUUCUUGAUAUUAUUGGAAAUACUGCUGCGAUAGAAUAAAAUAAAUUACACGAAUUAGUAGAUUUACAUUUAAAUAAUUUUGCUGAGCCCAAUUCCGUUUUAUGGUAUCAUAACUUUUUAAAAGCUUUUCAGAAUCUAUCUAAACAUAAAUAGUUUUUUUCGUAUUAAAAUUAUCGUAUUAAGACAUGACUUAAAUAAGAAUUUCUUUCGAAAAGUAGAAUAGGAUUUAUUCGCCGAACUAUUUAUAAGCACCUAAAUUAAAAUUAUUGUAAUGGCAAAUCGUUAGUAUUUCUUUAAUCUAAACGCAUUUUUCUUUUAAAUAUCCAGUUGCCUUUUCUUGCAAGCGAUCUUGUUUUUUAUAACUGUUAAGCUCGUCCCAACCGCCAUUUUAUUCAUGGCAAGAUUAUUGUUACAUAUAUUUUAACAAUCAGUAUUUUAGUUAUACGUAGUUCUAUUUUUUAGUUAUACAUAGGCAAUUUUAUAUGUUUGGUGUUUAUUUUUAC